GCACACCCUGCCUACCUAUCGCUAACGGACGUCGAAAUGGCACUUGUCCCCGCGCGCAAUGGCGCCAACGGCCCUCCCACUCGUGCCAGUCAGCUCGUCGAGACGAAGCAGUUCCAAACUUCCACCAAAGGCAAAGUGCCAACGGGCUACGCUGAGGAAAUCGCCAUUUCUGAGCACAGCUUUCGAGAUCUUCACCGCGGUGUCGAGCGGCAGCACGCUGUUGGUAAAAAGCGCAAGCGAGAGACAAAGGGCGACAGCAGCACAGUGUACGGCGCGGGCGCCUACAAAGGACCGUGGGCGAAGUACGAGGAGCGGCGCAUCGACAGCGACAGCGGCGAGGAGAUUGAAGUGGAGGUUGAGGGUGAUGAGAGUGGGGAGGAGGAGGUCAUCUACGAGGAAGAUGCGAUUGCGCCAGUACCGACCAAGGGUUCAAAAGCAGGCACGAGCUACGACAAAGUCGGCCAUGACAAGGAAACGAGCACCUUCGAAGGCUCGCAGCAGUAUGACUACCAGGGACGAACUUAUAUGCAUGUACCUCAGGAUCUGGAUGUAGACCUGGUUGGCGACUUUGAGAACAUGAACCUGAGGUGCUUUCAUCCCAAAAAGCUCAUUCACACAUACACAACCCACGGCAGAAACGCCCACGAGAAAGCUCUCACGUCCCUCAAAUUCUUUCCCAACUCUGGCCACUUACUCCUGUCGGCCGCGGCUGAUGGCAAAGUCCGCAUUUGGGAUGUCUACCACGAGCGAGAACUGCUGCGCUCCUACAAUGGCCAUACGAAAUCAGUGGUCGAUGUUGACUUUACUCCCAACGGCACACGCUUCCUAUCUGCUUCGUACGAUCGCCAGAUCAAGUUGUGGGAUACAGAAACCGGCCAGUGUAUCUCACGCUUUGGUACCGGCAGCACACCUCAUGUCGUCCGGUGGCAACCUGACGACCCCAGCGGGCACGAGUUCCUCGCCGGCAUGCACGAUAACAAAAUCGUUCAAUUCGACACUCGAUUACCUGCCGAUGGCGAAAAGAAGAAUCCAGUCCAGGAAUACGACCAUCAUCUCGGCCCCGUGAACACCAUCACGUGGUGCGACGAGAAUCGCAGGUUCAUUACCACGUCCGAUGACAAGAGCUUGCGAGCGUGGGAAUUCAACAUUCCGGUUCCUAUCAAGUUCAUCGCUGAGCCUUACAUGUUUCCCAUGGUCAAGUCUGCCUCGCAUCCAGCAAAGGGCGCUGUAUUACUCCAAUCCUCCGACAACACCAUCAAAGUGUACAACACUGGUGAGAAGAUCCGGCAGAAUAGAAAAAAGGAUUUCCGUGGACACAACAACGCCGGAUAUGCGAUCGAUCUUGCCGUCUCACCCGAUGGGGGCAUUGUUGCUUCCGGCGACAGUGGAGGCUUCGUGUGUUUCUGGGACUGGAAGACCUGUAAGAUGUGGCAUAAGAUUCGAGCUAGCGAUGCUGCUGUCAUAUCUGUGGCAUGGCAUCCCAGGGAAUCUAGUAAAGUUGUCACAGGAGAUUUAAACGGUGUUGUGAAGUACUGGGAUUAGGCGCGGUCACGUUAGAGCGCAGGCAAAGGCGACAUGCAAUGAUGAGAGACUUCGAUAAAGCUGAAACGCAAUGUGCAACGAGCAAGAGCAAGUCCACGCUUUAGGUGGCAGUUCACGCAACUUUGAUGCCCUGCUUGUUGUGCCUCGAGUGGGCGGGCAGAGAACGGAGCUCCUGAGUGUGCGCCUCAAUAUCAAGUCGCUACUGACAGCUAAAUUUCGCCAGGGUAGUACUACGAUGUUGAGCACAUUCGGGAACAGAACUCACAUGGGGUCACCCGGUGGAAUAGAAGACUGAGGUGUCUAAGCAUAGAAACUGCUCACAUAAUGAGCAUUGCGUACACUUGAAUCGGAGCAGGGCAUAUCAAUGAUCAAUCGACCCUGAUUCAGAAAGAAGCACGGAAGUUGCUCAGGGACGCAACACAAUCGAAACGGCAAGAGUGACUGACUCGAAAGCGCUAGAUGGCGGGGAUCGGGCACAGGGCCCAGAAGUACAGGUUGGUGAGACUGGUAGUCGCUUGUGCCUGCAACGGCAAACAACGACAGUACAGACAGGCCCAAGAUGUAUGUUCAGGCACAAUUGCUUCGAGCCUGUAAGGCACCGAGGCUGAUUUCCCCAGAGGCAACACACGCACAGAGGCGUAAAAGACUUGAAAAAGUCUGUAGCAGUGACGCUUGCGCGUAUGCUAAGGGUACAGUGCACAAGGCAACUGUCUCGAAGAAAUGAACGCUCUUCGGGGCAUAGCUUUUUGAAAGCAAUCGUGAUACGUUUUGGACCUAGAAAACAGCUUGGCGCUGUCCCCACUUGAACUCCUUGGUCAGGGUAUAGAGCCUUGUGCAAAGCAGUGACACUGCUACCUCGGAUUUCAUGUCAACUCCUGUCACCUCUUGUCCCGUCUCUAGUAUCCGAGCUCAGCGAGCUUGCUCUGCACGUCGCUCGACACCUUGCUUUGGGCCUCAACCAAGUUCUUGCGGGCUGCCUUCUUCUUCUCGUAGUAAGCCUGGCCCUUGACCUUGCGUCUCUCCUCGAGGCGGGAAACGACAUCCUGGUAUUUCCAGCCAAACUCGUGGCCUAGACGUCCGACAGUGCAGUACUUGCGACCGGGCUUGAGGCGGAGCACACGGAGAGCCUGAGGAACGACUUGGCGCUUCUUGUGGUCGUAUGGUGGGGGGACGCCCUCAAAGGUCUUCAGGCGUUCGAGAGCCUUCGCGCCGCGCUCUGUCUUGUGAGGAAUCAUGCCGCGGACGGUUCGCCAGAACAUCUUGGCUGGCGAACGGUAGUGCCAUGGACCACCACGGGUUGCGUUGUAUCGGGUCUGCUUGCGCAUGAAGGCCUGGUACUUCAGCUUGGCACGGAAGAAUUCUCCAGAGAUGUUGAGGGCCUCGCAGCGGACGACGACAAUCUUCUGGCCAUUGAGGAGUUGCUUGGCCACGGUCGAGGCGAGACGACCAAGAAGGUGUCCCUUACCGUCGACGACAAUCUGUGUAUAUCCAAUCUUAGUACGCGUCCCAGUAAUGUCCACUUCUGCACUUGAUUCCAUGCGCUCGCUCUGCUUCUCCCCGUGGUGUUUAUCUGUCUCUUCAAGAGCUCUGUCGCACUCUCUCACUGCCCCAUGCCCUCACGUUCACACAGUCUCUUUCAGGGAUGGAUUGUAGACGUACCACCGGUUCGAAGGUCGACAUGUUGGCG